AUGUUGUUUCAUGUGAUCUCGUUGCAAGAAUUUGGAGUUCCAGCUCAGCUGAAUGGUUGUGAAUGGUUCAGCAUCGAAGGGGCCGGUUGCAGCGUGCUGGUGGAAGGGACGCCUUUGUUCGGGUGUGGGGAGUGCGCCUGGGGAAAUCCUGUAAGCUUCAACCUCAACUGCUUUGAAGUCCUGACGGGCGCCUGGCGUUCAGCCGUGGUUAAAGAACUCGUUCUUGACAACUGUAGGUCAUACGAAGGCAAAAUCGAAGGCCUCACAGAUGAGUUUGAAGAGCUGGAAUUCUUAAGUACAAUCAACGUAGGCUUAACCUCAGUUGCAAACUUACCAAAGUUAAACAAACUUAAGAAGCUCGAGCUAAGCGACAACAGAAUCUCAGGAGGACUGGAAGUGUUGGCAGAAAAGUGUCCGAACCUCACGCAUCUAAAUCUAAGCGGCAACAAAAUAAAAGAUCUCGGUACAAUAGAACCUCUGAAAAAGUUAGAAAACCUGAAGAGUCUAGAUCUUUUCAAUUGCGAGGUAACCAACUUGAACGAUUACAGAGAAAACGUAUUCAAGCUCCUCCCGCAACUCACAUACCUCGAUGGCUACGAUCGGGAUGACAAAGAAGCACCGGACUCUGAUGCAGAGGGCUACGUGGAGGGCUUAGACGACGAGGAGGAAGAUGAAGAUGUGAAAGAUCGGGAUGACAAAGAAGCACCGGACUCUGAUGCGGAGGGCUACGUGGAGGGCUUAGACGACGAGGAGGAAGAUGAAGAUGAAGAGGAGUAUGAUGAUGACGCUCAGGUAGUAGAAGACGAAGAAGACGAGGAGGAAGAGGAGGAAGGAGAAGAGGAGGAUGUGAGCGGAGAAGAGGAGGAGGAUGAAGAAGGGUACAACGAUGGUGAGGUAGAUGACGAUGAAGAUGAAGAAGAGCCCGACGAAGAACGGGGACAGAAGAGAAAACGAGAACCUGAAGACGAAGGGGAUGAAGACGACUAAACUGAAUAACCUAUUUUGAAAAUUUCCUAUUGUGAUUUGACUGUUUUUACCCUGUAUUUCCCCUCCCCACACCCCCAACCUUUUUUUUUUUUCUUUUUUUUUUUCUUUUUUUUUUUUUUCCUGAUUGUAAUGUUGCUGUGGGAAUGAGAGGGAGAAGCAGACUGGGUGGGCAAGGGAAUAAAAUACUAUUUUUACUGCCACUCCUCCUAUUCAUUUUAAAUUUUUUCUUUUUGUCCCUCUCUUAGUCCCUGUAACUGCAAUAGUAAGUAUAAACCAAGUGGUAAUUUGUUUCUUAUUAUUGGAGUGGAUAGUUUGACAUCUUUUUAAAAAAAAAAAAAAAAAGGACAAAAAAGUUGAAGAUCAGUGGAUGAUACCCCAAAUACGGAUACUCUGUUCUGAGACAGCUGAACAGCGUUGGUCGUUGGGAUUUUUCCACCGCUGCCAGUCACUAAAUACAUCGGAAGCAUUUUUUUGGGGGAUGCUGCAAAUCCAGGCAAAGCGUCCCUCCACAGCAACAGGUGUGAGAAUGGCAUAUUGAUAAAGUGAUUUCUUU